AUGACGUGGGACGCCAAGAGUUGCAACAUUUUGAUCGGGGAGAUGAUUGUUGUAAAACCGUUCCAGUACAAGAGCAAAACCAGUCAACGCGGAAAGGCGUGGCAGGAGGUUGCAGAACACAUGCAGCAGAGGGGAUUUAGAGUCGACGCCCGCGCGGUAAGAGAUAAAAUGAAUCUAUUGAAAAACCAAGUAAAAAUGCGAAACAGGCAAGAGAGAGCUGCCAGUGGCAUUGCCAUAAAUGAAACUGAUGAAGAAAGGAGGAACAGACAGGCGAUAGAGGAAAUGAUACAAGAGGAGGAGGAUAUUGAGUUUGCUCCUAAAGAAAGGAAUGAUGAAGAGAAGAAGAAAGAAGCUGGAGCUGAGCUCCGGAAACGAGCUUGUGAGACGUUUGGAGAAACAAGAAAGAGACACCAAGGUGAAUGGAGCACGGGAUUACGGUCUCAAAGGAACACAGGCCGAAGUACCCUAUCAUUGAUAGAACGGAAAAUGGAGAUAGAUCGAGCAUUGAAAAGGGAGGAGAUGGAGAGGAGACUUGAGGAUGACAACAUAAGACGGGAGGAAAAAGCACAAAGGAGACGGGAGGAAGAAGCUAAACGAAAAGAAGAAGAGGAGAAACGUGACAGACAAUUUCAAGCAAUGCAACAGCAAAUGCUACAGCAGCAACAACAACUCAUCCAACAACAACAGCAGCAACAACAACAACAGCAGCAGCAACAACAACACAACCAAAACAUGCAGACAAUGAUGUUGGCUCUUCUAAAGUCUACGAUACAAAAAAAAAUAGUUUGGAGUGACCGUUGGACAGACAGCGCCCAUCAGCAUGCUUGCUCUGACACCAAGGUGAAUGGAGCACGGGAUUACGGUCUCAAAGGAACACAGGCCGAAGUACCCUAUCAUUGAUAGAACGGAAAAUGGAGAUAGAUCGAGCAUUGAAAAGGGAGGAGAUGGAGAGGAGACUUGAGGAUGACAACAUAAGACGGGAGGAAAAAGCACAAAGGAGACGGGAGGAAGAAGCUAAACGAAAAGAAGAAGAGGAGAAACGUGACAGACAAUUUCAAGCAAUGCAACAGCAAAUGCUACAGCAGCAACAACAACUCAUCCAACAACAACAGCAGCAACAACAACAACAGCAGCAGCAACAACAACACAACCAAAACAUGCAGACAAUGAUGUUGACUCUUCUGAAGUCUAUAGCCGAUACAAAAAAAUAGUUUGGAGUGACCGUUGGACAGAUAGCUGGUUAGAUGUUUAAACUUGAAAAGUUUUUAGCAUAACAUUUUUUUUCUGAAGAUGCAAGAUCUAUUUUUUUUGUAUAUGUCUUUCAAUAAAGAGAAGUAUAUCAGCAAAUUUGAUUUAUUUAGGUGCAUCUGCCUGUCAAGAUGAGGCUAAUGAUUGUGUAUAAACUUUAGUUACUUGCCAAAUUCAUUUAAAGGAGAAUGAAACCUUUGGAACAAGAUAGCUCGAGUGAAAACAGAAAAAUCAAAGAAACAGAUCAACGAAAGUUAUAGAAAAAUCGGACAAAUAAUGACAAAGUUAUGAGCAUUUGAAUAUUGUGAUCACUAAUGCUAUGGAGAUCCUCAAAUUGGCAAUGCAACAAAUAUGUGUGUUGUCACUCGUGAACAACUCUCCCCAUUACUCUAGUAUAUCUCCCGGUAUAUAUUUCACUACUGCCUCUUUUAUCACAUCUAUCAGUAGAUCAUGUGGAGUGCAUGUAAUACAGAUUUUUAAAGAAUACAUCAUGGAUAAAGAGUUUGUAUCACCAUGAGAAAAAGCAAAAAGAGACAUUUUGAGGGUAUUUUAUUGUCCAUCGAAGGGAAAGUUGUUCACAUAUGACAUCACACAUCCUUGUCGAAUUGCCAAUGGGAGGAUCUCCAUAGCAUUAGUGAUUGCAACAUUCAAAUGCUCGUAUUUUUCUCACUAUUUGUCCGAUUUUUCUCAAACCUUCUAUGUUCUUAUUCUUUGAUUUUUCUGUUUCGACACAAGCCUAUUUGUUUCAACGUUUUCAUUCCCCUAUAAUAAAAAUAUCUAUUUCACUGUGUGUGUAUGACUUUGUAAAGUCCUUCUCAGCGUGACCCAGAUAUUUCAUUAUGCUUAACAUUUUACCAAAGAGAUGUGUUGAACGAACAGUACUUGCCGUUAGAAUGUGUGCAAUUUUAUUUUUACUUGGUAACUUAUAUGUAUUUAUGCUUAUAUAUAUUUAUUUUAGAUAAUUAUUUUAGUCAUUUGGAAAGAUAUGUCUACUUUUUUAGUAAUGGACAAAAAUAUAGAUAAAAAUAUGUCAUGCUUCAUUACUUGCUUGUAAACUUCUAUCUGGCGGUUUCACUAUUCAUUACAGGUAGUUACUAAGUAAGAGUGCAGAAUGCACAAGCUAAUAUGUUUACGCAUGUGACAUGAUAACCGGAGCUUAUUUUAUUUGAUUCCCAUACACCUGACAAAGAUGAUUUGGCUUUGAUAUCAGUUUGUUUACUGUACAAUGUUUAUGAUUGAUUUACUUUUAGAAAUAUAUUUCAAUGCCUAAAGUGAAAGAAAUCAUUUCCUUUUGUUUGUUGCGGAAAUAAACACUAGAACAAAUUCAUGAAAAGUGUCAUGAAGUUUUAAAAAUAUUGCUCGAAACGUGAGGUGUUGCCCUGUCAUCAUUCUCAACUCAUUGAACAUUUGAAGUAUUCUGUGCCUAAAGUGAAAUAGACAUCUCAAAGAAAAAUGUUUAUGAGAGUGUGCAUAAAGCUAUAACAAGAGUUUCCCCCUGAAAUAUGUGAUACAAGGAAGAAGAGAUUCAUGGUUUGUACACUGUACCUUUCAAAGUAUCACCCUCAAUAUAUAAAAUUAUUUAUUGAUAUCACAUUCAGUAUGUAACUAGAG